AGCACCUGGUCAUCUCACACAUCAGAUUCUCUGACAAUAAGUUAUUCAACCACUCUGAUGCUCUUUAAGUCAGCUUUUGUCCAGCCCUGUGUAAACUUUCAGGAUUUUUAACACAAGUUUGAAACUCAACCAGACGUGUGAUUUUCUCAGUGUUGGAGGUUAGACUAAGUUACUGCCUGCUCUGGCUUUUCUACCUUCACUGAUAUGGUGACGCACAACUAGGAACAGGAUGUGUGUGUAUGGGAGGAUUUGUACAGAGGUUGAACACAGAUGGAUGUUUGUGCAUUGAUACCAGUGUUUUACUGAAGACUACAGGAUGGAAUCCAUCUCUCAGAGCCUGCAAGAUCAGAUCUCAGAGCUGCUGAAGCCUCACAGAGUCUGUCUGGUGACGCCCGUGGUUCUGAACAACUCCACUCAGACAUGUGGGAGAUCGUCCGACACGUUUGUGGUACUGAGUCUGUGGAGAGGUUACCUGGUCGUGAACAAGCAGCCUGUCAGGGUGGAGAGCACUUUCAGCUACAUAGAGGUUUGCUCCAUCCACAUUCACGGUCUCACAAAGAUUGUGUUGGAGACAGACAGGCAGACUCUGUCUUUCAGCGUAUGGCAUGUUGAGGAUCUUGAGGCCAUGGUCGCUCACAUGACUGCUUCACUGAAGAGGAUCUUCCCUGAUUCAUCCCCAGGAAAGCUAUUAAAGACGAUUCCUGCAGACCUCCAGCAGAGACUCAUCACAUUGACUGCUGUGAUAGAGGAGCAGAUGAACAGUCAGCCUGGCUGCUGUGGAGGAUUCUCUGAUACCUAUGCUGCUCUAUGUGAUUUCAAUGAGAUGCCAUUUAUAGAGGAGAUUCAGUGGGAUGUUGACAACAUCUACUCCGCCCACAACUGGAGACAGUUCAACCUGCACGACUUCAGCCACUUAGACAGCAGAGAUUUGGCGUUAGCAGUAGCAGCUCUGUCCUUCAACCACUGGUUUACCAAGAUCUACUCCAAAGAUCUCAAGAUGUCAGUAGAUGUCCAGAAGCAGCUGACUUUCCUGCUCUCCAGGUCUCCCAGUGUGGAGGAGCUCUCACUGGAGGCCAGUGGACUCAAACUUGACUUUGCAGUCAAAAUGGCCUCUGCCCUGCGUGAGCACGCCUGCUCUACCCUGCAUUCCAUCAACCUCUCAGACAAUCCAAUCGAAGACAAAGGUGUAAUAGCUCUCAGUCAGGAGCUGGGGAAUCUACCUAAAGGACUCAAGCACCUUUCUCUGUCCAGAGUAUCAAUGACUGCAAGAGGUAUGGGCUGUCUGAGUCAGCUGUUAUGCUCCAGUCAGCUCUUCUCCGCCUCUCUGACCCACCUUGAUCUGUCUGCUAACCCCACUACCCUGGUUACUGAGGAGGCCAUGUUUCUCUUCAGGUUCCUUUCCAGCCGUAACUCUCUGUGUCACCUGGACCUCAGUGAUACCAGCUGUCCCCUUGACACGUUAUUUGUGUCGCUCUCCUCUGGCUGUUGUUACAAACUGAUGCACCUGAACCUUGCCAGGAAUCCUUUCAGCCACAGAAAGGUGCGAGGGGUGACCAGGAGCAUUGAAGAGUUCUUCAGUCAAAGCUGUGGGCUGAAAUAUGUGAACCUUUCUGUGACCAAACUACCUCCACAAGCUCUCAGGUUAUUACUACAGGGCCUGGCAACCAACACCCAUCUCUCUGGUCUGGAGUUGGACCUUAGUAGCUGUGAGCUACGUUCUGAAGGGGCCCAGGUCAUACAAGAGCAUAUCUAUGAAGCUACUGCUAUCAAAAGUCUGGAUAUCUCUGACAAUGGUUUUGAAAAUGACAUGGUGACUCUUGUCCUGUCUCUUGGUCGUUGUCGCUCUCUUCAACGUCUUGCUUUAGGGGGGAACUUUGCCAUGAAGUCCAGAGCUCUCACUGAUGUUCUUCAUCGUAUAGCUCAGCUCAUUCAGGAUGAAGAGUGUACCUUGCAGUCUCUAUCAGUGUGUGACUCCAAACUGAAGAUUGGGAUGCACAUUCUGCUGAGCGCUCUGGGAGGCCACACAGCUUUGGCUGAACUAGACAUCAGUGGAAACAACAUCGGAGACACUGGAGCCAAAAUGCUGGCUAAAGCCCUGAUGAAUAACACUAGACUGAGGUCUCUGACAUGGGACAGAAACAAUGUCACUGCCAGGGGUUUCCAGGAUGUGGCAGAUGCGUUGGAAAGGAACUUCACUCUGCAGCAGGUGUCUCUGCCUAUGGCUGAUAUCACACAGAGUUACCGCAGUGAUCCUGACAGAACAAAAGAGGCCUUGCACAAGAUUCAACAGUGUUUGGACAGAAACAACCAGAAACACUUUAACAGGGUGGAACUUCAGCGGGGGUUUGUAUCUCAACAAUCAGAAAGGCUGGUUCAUGGUAUGUGUCGGCAGCUGGAGGACAGUCUUCAACAAUUAAACCCCUGCAGCAUUCAGGAGGCUCAGGCUGACAUCCUAACAGCCCACGAUGUGCUGCACAAUGCCAGAGAGUCGUGCAAGGUGCUUCCCUCUCUGUAUGAGGCAGGAAGGACAUGUGCCUCUCAUGGAGACUUUGUGAUCAGCAUCCUCACUAACACUGCAGCUGCAGUGACAAAGGAGUUCACUCUAAGCAUUGAGGAAAUGGCUCAACGCCUGAUGAGGUGCGCAGGGGAAGUGUGUCCACGUGUAAUCCAGCGGUCAAGUGUGAGUGAGUAUCUUUCAGACGAGUGUGUGUCCAAAAGAAGGACACUGACACACAUGUUUCUGAGAAGCACUCUGGUGGAGAACACACGGAAGAUCAUCAUCGACAGACUGAGUGAACUAAGACAAACAUUGAGUGUCUCUUUGGCUGAAAGCAUCAUAGAACAAGUACUAAAGGAUCUGACAGUAGCACAGGAUACCAUGGAUUGUCUAAUAAAAGAACGCUCAUGCUGUGCUCUUCGACUCAACACCCCAGAGCUCCUUCUUGGUGACUGUGACUUACCAACUGAUGAUUACAGUCCAGCGUUUUGGAGAAAUAGCUUCAACUCCAAGAGCCUGAGACCUGCUUCUUCAAUAAAGAGAGCCAGUGUCAAAAGUAGAGAAUGAGGCCAGUGAGGGGAUGGGCCGAGUGGAUGAAGGAGUAGAGGAGUUCUUCACAAAGAAAAUCCUCCCUGACUAUGCACUAAAAGGCCGGUGGGAGGAGUCAAACCCUGCCCAAGUCACUCCCCCAGAAUCAAGUUCCACCCCCACUGCUUCAACCCCCUUUUCCUCUUCGUCUGAGAAUAUCACCUCCUCUAUAACCACCACCUUCACCUCUCCCUCUGUCCCAUAUACUGACACAUCCUUUACAUCCACUGAUGUUCCACCCCUUUUUGCAUCCUCCAUUACCCCCACACCCUCUUCUGUAACCACCAACACUGCAAUUCCUACCAAAAACAUCAAGAAAAAGUUUGGUGAUUUCUUCGUUUUCAAGAGGGCUCGGGCUGGCCGAGUCACCAAGGCACGAGGGGGAGAGGGAGGAGGAGGAGAGGGGGUGAAGGUCAAAAGGACCUCCAUUGCAGACCUUAUUCGACCCCUCCGCGAGGCCAAAGAAAGGGAGAGAGAGAGGGAGAGGGACAAGGAGAGAGAAAAGGAGAGAGAGGCAAGUUCAGGGAUGGAUGCUAAUGUUUCUGAUGAUGCCACCACUACAGAAGGAACCAUUCCCACAAGCCACCAUGUUAUAGGAGAUGCAAGGGAAGUGAUGGCACCUGCCAAUACAUUAACCACAACGCCUCCCAGUGAGACCAGUCCUUCUUACCCCACCAUCAGCCCUGACCCCAUUGGUGCUACGCUUUCCAACCUAGAAGAAGAGGCAGUGUUGUCAGGUUGCACCCCCAGCCCCAUUGUCACAUCCCCCUUAACUGAGCAGGAGAGAAGUAGUGUGCUGACGAGAGAGAUGAAGUUGGGAGGGACCCCAUAUGGAGAGAGAGGACUGAAGGCCACCAAGAGGUCACUGAGAGAGGGCAAGAGUCAGAGUCUCAUCCUGCUGACCGGACUGGAGCCUGAAGACAAGGAUAAUAUACACUGUAAGAAACAUGCAUCUGAGAGCAUCCCCAGCUUUGAGCAGAGACUUCAAGUGAUGCUGCACAGAAUGGGUGUGGCCAAGACCAGUUCUGCUGACACCAAAACUAACAAAGACGAGGAGCUGAGAAAGGCCAAUUCUGAAGGCGCUAUCCUGGAAAAACCUGAACCACCUCCCACAUACAAGAAACCCAGAACCAUGUCCACAUCAUCAGCAGACCCUAGGCAUCUUAUUAGCGUGCUGGACCCCAUCCGACCAGACCCUCCCCUUCACCUGAAGCCUAGUCUCCAUGAUCGCCCCUUUGGCUCCCUGCCACCCAAACCUGCCAUUGCAGCCAAACCUCCCCUCCCCAACCCGGCUGCUUCUGCAGGGGGAGGAGCUCGUCCAUCUUCUGCUCCUCCAUCCAGCAGUACGGCAGAAAGAGUCCCGCUCAGAGCACACACUCGUGAUGGCAGGCCAGGCGAGAGUGCAGUUCAGAAUGGAGGCCAGGACGGUCCCCAGGGUGCAGCUUCAGCUCCGUCCCCCAGGAAAGAGCAGCUUCCUCCAUCCCCAUCUCCAUGGAGGGGUCCCAGUGCACAGGAUCGCCAGGAGAAAGCACAAUCAGUGACAGACGAGUGUCUUCCCAAGCCACGCCAACAUGUGAAGCCCCUUCCACAACGUAGAGCUGUGUCCGUCCAUGAAGACCCUCUGUCUAUGACACAAGAGCUGAAGGCGGUGUUACAGAGGUCCCCCAUCCGUUUCCGGGGAAACAGAGGAGACUUACCCACCUGCACUGAAGAUCCAUCCAGUGCAGAAGAAGCACAAAGAGCUCCGGAAGCCAGUGACACAGGAAAAGAGACAGCUGAAGAAAAAAAGGACCAGAAGGAGGAGCUGAAGUCACAGAAAGGUGGCGGGACGAUAGCUGAUGCAAAGCACCCCUCUCCAGAAGAGGAAGAAGCCCUAGGCUCAGGGUGUGCAUCCUCUACAGCUCAGACUCAACAAGGAGUAUCAGCACCUCAACUCUUCACUCCAGCCGCAGCCCUCAACAAAGCUUCAUCCACCCAGGAGAGGCCUCCAGCACGAACCCCAAUGCUGGAAAAGCCUCCUGUAACCUCCACAACCCAGAAAAAGAGCCCCAGCACAGCCCCAACUUUCGACAAACUGCUUGUGUGCCCACCACUCCAAGACAAGACCUCCAGCACAACCCACAAGAAGAAGAGCCCUGGCAUGGCACCAGCUACAAAGAAUCUUGGAAACAGCACAGAGGAGAGAGGAGAGGCGCUCCUUAAACAGCACACAAUGAAGGCAGAGCCUGCAGACCAAAGAACUGAGCCCCCUUUGUCUGAAUAACACACAACAUUGACUUACCCAAGGAGAAAAGACACACCUCGGAGAGAGAGGGAGGAGGGUGCUGUGACAUGACUGAGAUAAGGAAAUGCAAGGGCACAUGAGUUCUGAGAGAAACACUCUGUGGAAAAAAGCUGCUGGGUCCCACAUCAUUAGUGUUUUCCUGAGAACUAGAUAUUAUUUAGUGAACACGGUUGGUGCUUGUUUAAAUGCUAGCCUACAGCUAACAUCCCAUUUAACAACACAUUUAGAGUGUGUAGUCAUCAACAUGUUAGGUUUCAACACAAAUACACAAAAAUCGCCUGCUUAUAUAAAUUAGAUCAUUAUGACAUAAUAACAGGUUUUCAAGGUCCAUUAUGUAAUUUAUUUCUUCUCACUUUACCUUCUUACUUUCUUUUACUUCCAGGUUUGUCUUCGAUCCACACUGCUGUAUUUUAUUUUGACUUACUUCCAAGUGAUUAAAUGACAAUUAGACCCAUUAAGCUAAUUUUUAAUUGGGUGUUUUUGUUAAAUGUUUAAAUCUUAAUGAGUCAAAAAAUAUUGAUUGAAUGGUGCUCUCUCUCUCAAUCCACUGUUUCUUUUUUGUCAAUGGACUGAUAUUCAGGUUGAUGUUUGCUGUUUAGGAUGUGUAAUCUGGUUUGGAACUUUCUAUUACUACUUAGGCCCUGCACUGUUCAUCACAGUCUCUAACAGCUUCCGUACUGGCAGGCAGAAAAUAAACAUUCUGUCCUGCUGACAAACGGACAUAUUACUCCCUCAUGAGAUAAAAAAAUUACAUUUGCACUACACAAUUCACACAUGCAGUGGCAUGAAUGUAAUUACAGUACAAAACCCAUAGUAACAUUUAUUCACAUAAAAAUGUACAUCAUCAGUUGGAUUUAUGGAUAUAAGCAAACUGCUGAGGGAGAUGAGGUAAAGUUACAUAAGAAAGAGUUCAGUUUUCAGGUACAUGAACAUGCAGGCUUUGUAACUGUUAACAGCUCUGGUGAGAUGAGCUGGAAAUGGAUUAACAAUGAAUUAGCCACAGUUUUUUUAAGCUUUUACACUUAUAGAUGCUGCAUGGUGGCAGACUGCAGGACUUCAGCAGUUCACAAGGACAGUUCCCUGUCGCUUGUUUGACUUAAUCCGUCACUCAGACCAUCAUGAAUCUGAUUUGAAAUACAUUUUCCUCAUGUACCAGAGCAACCGACUGAUAAAUUCAAGGUUUUUAAACACCAACAACCUGCUUUCAUGGAAAUCCCCAAAGUUUCAUUCUUUGGCUUUUAUUUCAGUCAGUCCAUUUACAAUACUAUAAAUAGCCGUGUCAGUCAUCACAAAAGGGGAAACUUUGAAUCAGAAGCACGGCACAAAAACUACCCACUUCGAGGUUUGGUACUUUGGGCUAAGAGUAAACAACAUAAAUAUAAGGUUUUGUCUCCACCAGAUAUUUGUCAUUUUAUGAUACAUACCAGACUUCGUUACUACAGAACCGGCUCUAAACAUGCUCCAAAGAAUAUUUAUAAUUCCAGAAGUUGACCACAUUUUUGGGUUGUUUUCAUUUUUUUUUUUUUAUUAUUUCAAAUCAAUUUCCUCUACACUACUUAUUAAACUCCACAAUAUGCCAACUAUGUAGUAAAAUAUUCAAAUUUAGCUUUUGCCUUGUUAAGAUGUUUUCACAUUAAGUCUUUGGAUCUUCAGAUGAACAAAUGGAACGCUCUUUCUGAUUCAGUCACUGUCGCUAAUUGAAGUCAGGUUCAUUCAUUCCAUUUGACAACUAUAAGUAUGUCCAUCAUAUCACAGGGAGGAGAGUAUAAGUAUGAUCAGAUGUAGUGUAAGAUAAGAAUCAGUGUAUUCAGUCUAUCGAAGUGUCAGGGUGGUUGUUGAGAAUGGUGCGUGUUUUGUGAGAGCAGACCUCAGUUCCCCUCUCAAUGUUGUCAGCGACCUGAGCCUCCGUCUCAUCCUGGGGUAGAGUUUAUUUUCUACUGUCAUGUUUAUCUUUGCCUUGCACACACAGGAUAUGUACAAAACUACUUAAGCAAACAAAAAGUUAUGAAAGUUAUGAACAGAGUUUUAAUCCAUACCUAUACUUAUAAUUAUUAAAAGUUGAUAGAGAUGUGUCAAAA